AUGGAGGCAGAUGUGUGGCGAGCUGCUCAAUACGCACUAUCUCAUUCACCUCAACAGGAACAGGACAAAUCGCUCCCAAUAACAAAGAACCUUCAGUCACCGUUCGAGUCCAUUGAAACAAAGAGGGUGUCUACAAGGACAUGGGGAGGACAAAGAAGCGAGGAGAUGAUCAGUAGAUAUUGUGGGGAGCUAUCGGAACGACGGAGACGACGGAGUCGGCAAACUUGGACUAAGUGGUGGGCAGUGCACUCCAGCGCAUCACUUGUUGGGGUAGAGGGGAUGACGAUGCUAAUGCUGUUUGAACGUAAUGAGGUAGGAGGAAUGUAA